UUGCCGUAGAAGCGUCACAAGACAGGCUAAGACGAACCUUCGCUCGAAUUCUUAUCGGCCUACAUAGAUCUACCUUCUCCACCACCUUUCGCUCUCCAGAUCAUACCACGAGCUUCCUGCUGCGUCCUUCGCGCCCCGCGACGCUCUGUACGUAUGCCUCCGCGGAGCAGCACCAAUUCCCUCGCUCGACGCGCCGCCGCCGAAUCCUACGACGCUCGACUGCUCUUCUGGCCGACGUGAUAGAGCCUGGGCAUUUGGAGAAAAAGACUUGGAGGUGGAUCUUGGCCAAGAAAAGGUCGGCGAACAGAAGACCUCAAGAUGGCGUGGGACCAGCUUUCGAUCAACAAGCCUCAUCUGGCGUACCUCAUCCUGGGAGGCUUCACGAGCUUGUUCAUGUUGUGCUCGUCGGUCAUCAAAGAGCGCUUGUACAUUGGUGAGGCCACAGUUGCGACAAUAUGUGGUAUCAUAUUCGGACCCCAUGCUGCGAACCUGAUCAACCCUUUCACUUGGGGCAACACAGACCAGAUCACCUUGGAGUUCUCCCGCAUCGUGCUGGUGGUCCAAUGUUUCGCCAUCGGUGUCGAAUUGCCCAAGGCGUACAUGGAAAGGCAUUGGCGAUCAGUUGUGUUCUUGCUCAUUCCAGUCAUGACAUUCGGGUGGCUCAUCACCAGCUUGUUCAUUUGGGGCCUGAUGCACCAGCAUCUGACCUGGCUGGAGAGUCUGGCUGUCGCUGCAUGCGUUACCGCCACCGAUCCUGUGCUGGCCUCCUCCGUUGUGGGAAAGGGCAAGUUUGCAAAACGUGUACCCAAGCAUUUGCGAGACUUGCUGUCUGCAGAGUCAGGAUGCAACGACGGUAUGGCGUUUCCAUUCGUUUACCUGGCUCUAUACAUCAUCAACUAUCGACCUCACGCGGGCGAGGUAUUCUAUCACUGGUUUUGUUACACCGUGCUUUACGAAUGCAUUUUUGGCGCAUUCUACGGUGUGGUCGUUGGCUACAUGGCACGUCGUGCAAUUCGCGCCGCACACGAGAGAGAUUUGAUCGACCGAGAGUCUUUCCUCGUAUUCUACUUUGUGCUAGCACUCUUCUGUGCUGGCUCCGGCGCCCUACUCGGACUGGACGAUUUACUUGUCGGCUUCGCAUGUGGCGUCGGUUUCAGCAACGACGGAUGGUUCACCGAGAAGACUGAGGAGUCUCACGUUUCGAACGUGAUUGAUCUGCUCAUCAACUUGGCAUUCUUCGUAUAUUUUGGCACAAUCAUUCCAUGGGAGCAGUUCAAUUCGGGCAAUCUUGGGCUCGAUGUCUGGAAACUGGUUGUCAUCGCUUUACUGGUUCUGUUCUUCCGUCGCAUCCCGAUCAUGCUGGCAUUAAAACCUGUCAUUCCAGAUAUCAAAACAUGGCGCGAAGCUCUUUUCGCUGGGCAUUUUGGGCCAAUUGGUGUCGGGGCUAUCUUCGUCGCUAUCCUGGCACGUGCGGAGCUCGAAACUGAUUCCACGACGCCUCUUGCUGCCUUGCCUCCAGAAAGUACGCCAGAGUACAACGUCAUCUACCUCAUUUGGCCGAUCACCACGUUCCUCGUUGUCACCUCGAUUGUUGUGCACGGGUCGUCUAUUGCUGUUUUCACACUCGGCAAGCAUAUCAACACUCUCACGCUGACCAUGUCUUACACACAAGCGAACGACCAGGGUCCGUCGUGGAUGGAUCGCCUACCGCGAAUUCAGUCACGGUCUAAGAGCCAGAUGUCGGCUUCUUCUUUCGACGAGAAGAGCGGUGUUCUACCAAUUGGAGCCCCGGGUACCUUCUUGAGGCGGCAACGUGAAGAAGACAACCCAAGUCGUGCGCAGAGCCGGGCUUCGUCCCGCCGCCGAUCCCGCAGAAGCAGAAACUUGGAGAAUGGCCAUGGGCCAGGAGGACCCAUCAGUCAGUCAGCAAUUGCUCCUGCUACGCGCCGUUCUCAAGAGCAGGCUGAUUGGCGAAUGAGCGACUCCGAUACGCUCGCUGUGAAAAGCGACCCGCCGUCAGGAGAAGAAAAGUCGUCACCGGAAAGAGACGACAUCAGCCCUGGUGAGAUCUACGAAGAAGGCAAAAAUACCGUCUUCGAAGAUGAAGAAGGCAAUGUGCUUGCUGUCGAAAAGAGCGGAGAGGCUCAAGGGUCACCGGAUCGUGAGAGGAAGGAAGAACGUGAAGGGCGCCGGCUCAUGCGACGAGAAGGUGCAAAUGGCAAUGAUGGCGUGGCUUCUACAAAGGACGACCCCGCCACAGAUCCUGGACACGAGGCGAUCAAAGAUGUCGGAGCGGCCGAGCAGAAACUUGAGAGACCCGGGAAGGGCUGGCGCAGUGGUCUCACCAAGAUGACCUCGAUGACUGGGGAUGCGAUCCGCCGACGUCGUGAAGAGAAGCCUCCCAAGCCUGAACAGAGCAAAGCCGCGCGUGGACCGGCACGCGCUUAUCAGUACGGCAACACAAUCAUCGUUGAGGAUGAAGAUGGCGAAGUCAUCAAGAAAUAUGACAUUCCAGCUCCUGAUCGAAAGGGCAGUGAGACUGCGGAUCCGGACAAGUCGCGGCAUCGAAUAGGGCAGAUGAGCAAGAUGCUCGGCCUUGGCUCCAAAGACGGCAAGGUUGAGGCUGGUGCUGCUGGGCCAUCGUCUGGGCCUGAAACAGGUCCCGGAUCGAACGAGAAGACACGCAGCAACGAUGAUGACGAUGAUCGAGUCCGGUUCACGAUAACGCAGGGAGGCCGUCGAAUGAGCAAGGCUGAAUUCAUUGACCAAAUUCGAAAGAUGGAUCCGAAGAGUCGUGCCCAGGCCGUUGAAGACAGCAAUGCUCCUGAAGCCGUGAAGCGCGAAGCUCGUAAAGACGCACGCGAGCAGGCCCAAGCCUCAAAAACACCGCAGGGGGUUCCGGCUUCACAACAGCACCGUCAAUCGAUACCAGUCGUGCAGGAGCAACCCGAAAGCGAGGAUGCUGCCGCUGUUGCAGAAAUCACCCGGUCUGGCUCUCAGGAUUCUCACGACAUCCAGCUGGUGGACUCGCGAGGGCAGACGGUGCCUUUCCAUGACAUCUCAACAGACCUCAGAUCUCGGCAGACGGACCAAGGCGAAACGGCUGCGGAGCGUCGACGCAGACUGGCUCUCGAACAGCAGACUGGCGCAGACUCUGACUCUGAGGAUGAUGGGACCGAGCGAGUCCCUCCGACACGGCGAACUGGCGGCGCUGCGAGCUCUUCCUCGCCGCACAACAGGCAAAUCAGCGAUGCGGGCGAAACGGCCGCUGAGCGGAGACGCAGAGAAGGUGCGCUCGGUAUCAGCCGCGAGGAGAGCGACAGUGAGGAUGAAGAAGUCCGAGAGGCUCCCCAGCCUCGCGGCAUACGCUUUGCGGACGAGCCUAGAACGCCCGCUCAAUCAUCUGAGGGCGAUUCUCGUCCACGACAAAGUGCGCUGAGGUGGGGCAAGGACCGUGGGCGAUGAUCCGGUCGUUGUAUGGACGAAGUGGUAAAUCCCUUGCAUGAUAGCGUAUGGUAGUACUGUUGGUCUCGCACAUUUGUUCAGAAGCAAGCGCUGUAUAUAUCGCCGUUCAUUCUGGUUGACCAGGUUCGUCGCUGUCGAUAUUUACCUCUAUCAAUUCAAUCCCAGCGAUUCAUCUCGGGUUUGAAACUCGUCAAGACAAUGGAAUAGGUG